CUGAGUGUGCACGGUGUUGCUCAGUCGAUUGCUGUGAAAGAAUUUCACGAUUAUCUUCGGUUAAACCCAUCCGAUCGCUACAGUGAGUUAGGUGAUAAGCUGUUCAACAACGGCUGUGAAGCCCUGAAAUUACAUACGCGGCAGUAUUCGCGUAGACAACGUCGAUGGGUGAAGCAACAUCUGCUUGGUGGAAAUGCGCCGUCACAGGAGUUUCUCCGCGCAGUUAAUGACAGUUCAUUGCUGGAAAAAGGAAGCAGUGCGGAUAUGUUCAAGUUUAACACUGUGUAUCGGCGAUUGGCUAACCAAAUUUAUCAUUGUGAAGAAUGUAAUAUCGAUAUACAUGGUGCAGCAAAUUGGGAAGCUCAUUUGAAAGGCAAAAGACAUCGGAAAAUGUUUGUGGUAGAAAAUAAAACAGUGACGUGCUCCGGAUAAGG